AUGUCUGACGUCACCGCUGAAGGAUUCGAGUGUUCCCCCAUCUUCGAGCUUUUGAAUGAAGCUUUGAAAGACGAAAGUCUCAAGAAAAAGGCCAUUGCUGGUGCCAAGUGCGUUUUGGUCAUCUCGUUGAAAAACAAGGAAGGCAAGGACCAAAGCUGGCUUUUGGACUUGAAAAAGGAAGGUUCCGUCAAGAAGGUUGACUCUGUGCCAAAGAGUGAUGUCCAAUUGAUCUUGAAGGAUGGUGACUUCCUCAAGUUGGCCGAGGGUACUGCCAACGGUCAAAAGUUGUUCAUGAACGGAAAGUUGAAGAUCAAGGGUAACAUGAUGAAGGCCACUGCCAUCGAGGGUGUGUUCAAGCAACUCGACCCAAGAUCCAAGUUGUAA